UCCGGGGAUGUCAGUGGCCGGGGCUGCCGGCUGUAUGGAGAUGAGGAGAGCGGGGCGGGGCGGCAGCGCUGGGCGCGGAGCAGCGGUGCUGGGAGCUGUUCACUCACUCAGUGCUAGUUGGGCUAAAGAGGCACAGACAGGCAUACACACAUACACAUACAGGCGGAGACUGAGCGGAGCGCCUCCGCUUGCCAGGCUCACUGCACGGCUAGAGAGCAGCGGGCAGCAAGCAUCAACCAGCUGCUUCCCGACCCAACCACACACACACACACACACACAAGACACGUUUUCAAGACGGGAUUAUUCCAACCCUUAUCUCCAGUGUUUUCCACUUCUUGUAAUUGGCGAAUUUUAUUUUAGGUUUGAGGGACAGUUCCAGCUCCAGUGUCUUUCGAUUAAUCCGAGCUGCUUGCGCGAAAAGCAGGAACUGCUUCGCUUCUCAACGCCGUGUAGGUCAAACAGGCAAAGACUAACAAUGAUGCCGGACUGGUGGACGACAUUUUUAUUACUUUGUGUUAUCUUCCUGAGCAUUGACGGGGGGCCGACUAAAGAAGGAUUUGGUCCGAAACACUUUGUGCCGUUAAUUCGUUUUCGUCAUAAGCAAGACGGAAGCCCAGAGAGCAUUAGAUUAAAAGCAUACUAUGGACAGGAUGGCCAUUUCGGACCCUGCGAGAACAAGUAUUGCGGGCUUGGCCGACACUGCAUCGUUAACAAGGAGACGGGCCAGGCGGACUGUGCGUGCAUGGAGCGCUGCAAGCCCAACUACAAGCCCGUGUGCGGUUCUGAUGGCGAACUUUACGAAAAUCACUGUGAACUUCAUCGUGCGGCCUGCCUGAAGAAACAAAAGAUUUCAAUUGUCCACAGUGAGGACUGUUUUUUCAAAGGUGACAAGUGCAAAUUGAUUGAAUACAGCAAACUGAAAAACAUGUUACUGGAUGUCCAGAAUCAAAAAUACAUCCGACACCAAAAUAAAAAAGAAAAUAAUGACAAAAUGUCUCUCAAAAAGUUGCUGGUGGAUAACAUGUUUGAAUAUUUUGAUUCAAAUGAUGACGGGCUUGUGGACAGCAAUGAACUUGCUCAGGUAAUUAAACAGGAUAGGCUCGGAAAGGAUCGCUCUCAGUGUUCAUUAUUUGAUCUGCUGAAAUAUGAUGACUAUAAUAGUGACAAGCAUCUGACACAGGAGGAAUUCUACAGAGCAUUCCAGGUGGUUCAGUUGAGUCUGGAAGAAGAUCAAAAAGUGAGCGUCACCACUGCAACAGUGGGACAGAGCGCAGUCCUAACAUGUUCAAUCCAGGGUAUACACAGGCCACCAAUAAUCUGGAAACGUAACAGUAUUAUUCUCAAUAAUUUGGAUCUGGAAGAUAUCAGUGAUUUUGGAGAUGAUGGCUCACUGUAUAUAACCAAGAUAACAACAACUCACAUGGGAAACUAUAGCUGUCUAGCAGAUGGCUAUGAGAAACUGUACCAGACUCAUAUCCUGCAAGUAAAUGUUCCUCCAGUUAUUCGGGUUUAUCCAGAGAGCCAAGCUCGUGAACCAGGUGUGACGGCAAGUCUCAGAUGUCACGCUGAAGGCAUUCCCAAUCCCAUGAUCAACUGGUUGAAAAAUGGAGUUGACAUUAUUCCCAAACUGUCAAAGCAGCUUACUCUGCAAGCAAAUGGAAGUGCAGUGCACAUUAGCAAUGUGCGCUAUGAAGAUACUGGAGCUUAUACCUGUAUUGCCAAGAAUGACGUGGGUGUGGACGAAGACAUCUCGUCACUUUUUGUGGAAGAUUCAGCAAGAAAGACACUUGCAAACAUACUGUGGCGAGAGGAAGGACUGGGCGUAGGAAACAUGUUCUAUAUAUUUUACGAAGAUGGAAUCAAAGUGAUUCAGCCAAUAGAAUGUGAGAUUCAGAGGCACAUUAAGCCUUCAGAGAAAAUCCUGGGCUAUCAGGAGGAGGUCUGCCCUAAAGCUGAGAGUGAAGCAGUCCAGCGAUGCAUUUGGGCUACUGCUGUGAAUGUCAAGGACAAGUACAUCUACGUGACACAACCAAAACUGAACAGAGUGCUAAUUGUUGACAUUCAGUCCCAGAAAGCUGUGCAGGUCGUAGCCACCGAUCCUGUCCCAGUAAAACUUCACUACGAUAAAUCACAUGAUCAAGUCUGGGUUCUCAGCUGGGGUGAUAUGCACAAAACCUCACCUACACUGCAGGUAAUUAAUCAGGCCAGUGGGAGUGCAGCCCAUCAUACCAUCCACACCCAACCAGUCGGCAAACAGUUUGAUAGGGUGGAUGAUUUUUUCAUUCCAUCUACAACGCUCAUCAUUAAUCAUAUCAGAUUUGGAUUCAUUCUUCACAAAGGUGAACCAGCCCUUCACAAAAUUGACCUUGAAACCAUGAUGUACAUCAAGACCAUCAGUUUGAAAGACUAUAAUUGCAUCCCGCAGUCACUUGCCUAUACUCAUCUUGGUGGAUAUUAUUUUGUUCAUUGCAGUGCUGACAACACAGGAACAACUGAGCCACAGAUCAUCGUGGACAGUGUCACAGAUUCGGUGAUCGGCUACAAUGGUGAUAUAGCAGGUGCACCUUACAUUUCUCCAGAUGGACAUUAUUUGGUUAGUAUUGACGAUCAAAAGGGCCUCUUGAGAGUCCAGACCAUCACAAUCCAAGGGGAAAUCCUAGAAUCCUUUGAUAUUCACACUAACUUUCACAUCUCGGACGCCACCUUCCAACCUUCCUUCACUGAAGCCAACCAGUACAAUGUCUUCGCGAGUUCAGGGCUGCAAACGGAUGUGCUCUUUGUGGAGCUCUCCACAGGCAAAGUGAAGAUGGUGAAGAGCCUGAAGGAACCCAUGAAGACUGAAGAAUGGCAGUGGAAUAAUAAAAAUCGGAUUAUCGUGGACAGUGACCUGUUUGGCCAAUACCUGAUGACACCAUCCAAGGAAUCAUUGUUUAUUCUUGACGGAAGGCUUAAUAAAUUAAACUGUGAGAUCACAGAGGUGGAAAAAGGCAACACGAUAAUAUGGGUUGGUGAAGCAUAAAUGGAAGUUGACUUACCUAACCCCUGGUAUAAAGUUUUCCACUGCAUUUAAUUUGCAACUUGCAUUACAGCAAUUCUGUUCUUUUAUACACUGCAAAAGUUACCUAGUUAAUGUAAAACAAGUUUGCAGAUACAAAAACACCAGGAACUUUCAAGUGACAUAAUCUUAGAUAAUAAUUGGGUUUUCCUAAUUUGUUAGUGGUAUUAACAACUAAGAGAUAGGUUGCAACUUUAAAUUGUGCAACAAGGCUACUAAAUGUUUUAGUUGUACUAAACCUAAUAGCUGCAGGGAAUUAUAGAAAACCUACUGACACUCAAUUAUGUGUUUUAAUCCUCUUUUUUCCCCAGAGCUGCUUACACAGAUUUGACCUUUGCUUGUAGAUUCCAAGUCAAAAAAAUGCUCUUUCAACUCCAGAAUUGUUAGUCAGCAUUUUUGUGCCUUGCAGGGCUAAGUAUGCAGGGCGAGAUAUAACUAUUCCCAUCAUAGCUGCACUUUGCUUUAAAAAAAGUGCUGUUCAGAAUCCAGCAUACAAUUAUUUCUGCCAAGGGAAAGUCUGUGCAGGUGCUGGCCAAUCUGGUAACAUAGUAAAUUCUCAAUAUUGGGUUAGAGAGCAUGAAAAGAAGCAACUUGUCCCUCUUCCUCAGAAGACACACUGUCAACUCUAACUCAGCUUACAUCAAACGGCUACCACUGUUAGAGUAAUGUAAUGGGAAUCUAACAAUCAAUCCCUAGUUGAACGUGGCAGAGGAAAUUGUGCUGUGCCCCAAUAAAGGCUGAUAAUAGCAUUUUUAGAUUUCAUUUGAAUCUUACUAGAUUGACUUGUUAGUUGUGUCUUGUGAUCAGGAUUUUAUACCCAUGACCAUGUCUGUACAUAGCAGCUGCUAGGGUCUGUUUUUGCCAUUUAUUAGUUUGGAAAAUAUGGUAUGGGGCAGGAAUCCAUUUCUAUGCUCAACCACAAUGCGACUGACCGAUAAAUUGUUUAAGUUUGUAGUGACUGAAAUGUUUCCCUUUUUUACCAGUCAUGUUCUAACCUAGUGGCCAUCUAGAGUAUGAAAUGUCUCUGUGUAAACAUGUGUCUAGUGUCUGACAAGCAUACAUUUUUGUGUCCUGUAUUAGAUUUCAUAAUUUGUGACUGUUGUAUAUGUAGAAAUUUGCUUGACACUUGAGGCAAAUAAAAUCUUACAUUUUACAUUUUGCUGAAUCUGUGAGUCUGAAUCUGCUGAAACCUCUGUGUGCUACAAGUGGGGCAAAACUGUAUUCCUGCCCAAUGAAGAAACAAAUUGUUUCGUACAAUAUUUUGAAGCUCAGAUCAUUGGCAUUGGUAUGACAACAAAUGAAAAUGGUUAAUAAUAUGCAAGAUGUUGCAACGUAGUCAAGAGAGUCGGUCGUUCUUACUGCAGCACAACAGGCCUGUAA